AUGCCCGCCCCCGUGGUCAAGGCCUUUGGCAUCUUAAAGGGUGCGGCAGCCACCGUCAACAUGAAAUAUGGCCUGGACCCCAAGAUCGGCAAGGCCAUCCAGCAGGCCGCGGCCGAGGUGGCCGACGGCAAGCUGCUCGACCACUUCCCGCUGGUCGUCUGGCAGACCGGCUCAGGCACGCAGUCCAACAUGAACUCCAACGAGGUCAUCUCGAACCGCGCGAUUGAGAUCCUGGGCGGCACGAUGGGCUCCAAGAAGCCCGUCCACCCUAACGACCAUGUCAACAUGUCGGCCUCGUCCAACGACUCCUUCCCGACCGUCAUGCACAUUGCUGCCGUGCUCGAGCUGGAGAACACUCUGCUGCCCUCGCUCAAGAACCUCCGCAACGCCCUCCAGGCCAAAGUCGACGCCUUCGAGCACAUCAUCAAAAUCGGCCGCACCCACCUCCAGGACGCCACGCCGCUCACCCUCGGCCAGGAGUUCUCCGGCUACGUCGCCCAGCUCGACCGCAACAUCGAGCGCGUCCAGUCCUCCCUGCCUCACCUGCGCCAGCUGGCCCAGGGCGGCACGGCCGUCGGCACGGGACUGAACACCUUCAAGGGAUUCGACGAAGCCGUCGCGGCCGAGAUCAGCAAGAUGACCGGCACGGAGUUCAAGACCGCGCCGAACAAGUUCGAGGUGCUGGCCGCGCACGACUCCGUUGUGGAAGCCUCGGGUUCGCUCAACACCCUUGCCUGCUCGCUGUUCAAGAUCGCACAGGACGUGCGCUACCUCGGCUCCGGGCCGCGCUGCGGUCUCGGCGAGCUGAAUCUGCCCGAGAACGAGCCCGGCUCGUCGAUCAUGCCUGGCAAGGUUAACCCCACCCAGUGCGAGGCCCUGACCAUGGUCUGCGCCCAGGUUAUGGGUAACCACGUCGCUGCGACUGUCGGUGGCAUGAACGGCCAGUUCGAGCUGAACGUCUUCAAGCCAGUCAUGAUUCGCAACCUGCUGCACAGCGUGCGCAUCCUGUCGGAUGGCAUGGAUAGCUUCCGGGUGCAUUUGGUGGAUGGUCUGGAGGCGAACGAGCCGCGCAUUAACGCGCUCCUUCAUGAGAGUUUGAUGCUGGUAACCUGCCUGAACCCGGUGAUCGGCUACGACAUGGCCUCGAAGGUGGCUAAGAACGCUCACAAGAAGGGUCUGACGCUGAAGCAGAGCGCGAUGGAGCUCAAGGCCCUCAGCGAGGAGGACUUUGACAAGCACGUCCGCCCCGAGCUGAUGCUUGCUCCUAAGGAGAUGAAAUAG